AUGGCUAUCUCCCACUACGGCGUCUGGGCCUGCACCCCCACCAGCUACGAAGCCCAGAACCCAGAGCAAGACUCCAAGUCUCCUCAUAUUUACCUGCAUUUCACCGAUGACUCAUCUUCAAGCAAGAGCCUCGAGGCUGCAAUCAACGUCAAAUCCACCGAUAAAGACACCCGCCUGGUCUUUUGGUUGACACGCGACUUUACCCAUCCCAUCACUGAGCAACUCUCCAACCUGGAUCUGGGUUUUCAUCUCACACAAUCACAAAGCUCAAACCAAUCAAAGGUUGCAAGCCACAACCAUGCAAGCCGUCACCGACAUGUCCGUCGUGAUGUAGCCACUCUCCAAGGAUUGGAUUUUAUCCGUACCAAGGAUCUGGUGAACAUCGACUCUGGCGAAGUCCUUCCAGCGGACGCCUCUGGUCCCGACAACGAUAUUUUGGACAAGCUGGAUCCUAUUAUUUCGGAUGCUAUCAACAAGAAGGCUACGGCCUAUAUCUUUGGAUCGUCUUAUGGAUCAGGUAUCCAUGAUAUUCACAUGAACCAAGGGAGUCUGCCAGGUUACUCAAAUGGCAUUUAUGAGGAUGGAGCACUCUUAUUCAAGUUUGACGAUGGACAUUGGGAAGCUGUUUUUUUGGCUUUUGCUUCGCAGAAGAUCCCCACAGACGACAACGGAGAGUUCGAAUCGAACAGCAAGUCUCUGGCCUCAAUCCUGGGCCAGAGUGAGUAG